GUCAGUUUCCGGGAGACGUACCUCUUGAUCCGGUCCCAACUGCACUGAGGCUGUGUGGUAACUGUGGCUUUCCUAAUGCAAGCUGGGAGCACAAGGCCAACAGUUAUCAGCUUGGUCGGCAAGGAGAUAGUAAACAAAAGGGCGAGGUAGUCAACAAGCUAGAAGACUCGAAGCGUUUUCGAGACGAGGCAAAGUGCGGGAGGCGGAACUGGACAGCGCGUGGUACUGAUCUGCCCUCACACUGCUGCGUGUGUUGUGUUCGCAGGUGAAAGCGAUGACGGCGCCUCAUUGCGGCUACUCCUUGCUCCUCAGGGAUUUAGCCAAGGCGACUACUCGGAGAGGCUGCAGAUGGCAGCUGCAGCGGGACAUGGCAUCUGCCGCGACCACAGGCGUCCCCGACAGCGCUGACGUCGUCGUAAUAGGGGGAGGCAGCGCGGGUUGCAACGCCCUGUACCAGCUGGCGCGGCGCGGCGUCAAGGCAGUGCUGCUGGAGCGCUCCAAGCUGACCGCCGGCACCACGUGGCACACCUCGGGGCUCGUGUGGCGACUGCGGCCCAACGACGUGGAGAUACAGCUGCUGGCGACCACGCGCAGCCUGCUCGUGGCGCUGCAGGGCGAGACGGGCAUGGACCCCGGCUGGAUCAACAACGGCGGCCUCUACAUCGCCAACAACGCCGAGCGGCUGAAGGAGUACCAGAGGCUGGUGACCGCCGGCCACAGCUUCGGCAUCGAGUCCUCGAUCCUCGGGCCCGAAGAGGUGAAGGCCAGGUUCCCGCUCAUCGACUGCGACGUGAUCUGCGGGGGUUUGUACAGCCCGGGCGACGGGGUGCUGGACUCCAACAUGCUGUGCACCGCGCUCACCAGGUCCGCCACCAGGGCCGGCUGCCAGGUGAUAGAAAACUGCCCUGUGGAGAAUAUUCUUACCGGAAAAAAUGGCUUCGGUUCAAAGCAGGUUACAGGAGUUUCGACACCGUACGGAGUCAUCAAAACCAAGUGUGUCUUAAACUGCGCCGGCGUGUGGUCGCGGGAGCUGGUGGCGCUGGCGGGACUGCACCUGCCUCUGGUGCCCAUGAAGCACGCCUACGUGGUCACCGAGACCAUCCCCGGCGUGAAGGGACUGCCCAACAUCCGCGACCACGACGGCUCCGUGUACUUCCGCGUGCAGGGCGAGGCGCUGCACAUGGGCGGCUACGAGAACAACCCCAUCAUCCUGGACAAGGUGUCGUCCAGCUUCGAGUUCGACCUGUACGACCUGGACUGGGCCGUGUUCGCCACGCACAUGCGCGAGGCCAUCAAGCUCAUGCCCGUGUUCGAGACGGCGGGCAUCAAGAGCACCGUGUGCGGCCCAGAGAGCUUCACUCCCGACCACAAGCCAAUCAUGGGCGAGGACCCCAGGCUGCUCGGGCUGUACCACAGCUGCGGCUACAACUCGGCCGGCAUGAUGCUGGGCGGCGGCUGCGGGGAGCAGAUCGCCCAGUGGAUCGUGCACGGCCGUCCUGACCUGCACAUGUUCAACUACGAUAUACGGCGCUUCAUGCCAGAACAGACCAGAGACAAGGCUUGGGUCACUGAGAGGUCGCAUGAAAGUUACGCUAAAAACUACAGCAUAGUCUUCCCACAUGACGAGCCACUCGCCGGCCGAAAUAAAAGGAAAGAUCCAUUCCAUGAGGAGCUGCUGGCGAGAGGGUGCUUUUUCGAGGAGCGGCAGGGCUGGGAGCGACCCGGCUGGUUCACCACAGGAGGCCCCGCCCCCGUGCCCCCCUACGACUGGUACGGGGCCUACGGCACUCCCCACAACAACGGCUCCAGCUACGUGCGACACCUCACUGCAGACUACACCUUCGGCUUCCCACAGAACCAUUCCAUCAUCGGAGAGGAGUGCUUGGCGUGCCGAGAGCAAGUGGCGCUGUUCGACAUGUCGUACUUCUGCAAGCUGUACCUGAGCGGGCCGGAGGCCCAGCAGGCUGCUGAUUGGCUGUUCACCGCCAACACUCGCCGUCCGUUCGGCAGGACCGUCUACACCUGCAUCUUGAACUCGAGGGCGGGGGUCGAAGGAGACGUCACGGUCAGCGUGAUCAAGACUGGGAAUGGAGGCUUAGUAGAUCCUAUUUUCAAGGGUCGAGGCUUCUACAUCGUCGCCGGCGGUGCGUCCGCCGCGCACACCUGGGCACACAUUCACAGUGUGCUCUCCCACAAGGACUUCAAUGUCAACCUGACCGACCUGACGGACAAGAUGGGGAUCCUCUCCUUGCAAGGACCGAACAGUCGCGCCCUCCUGCAGAGCCUCACGAACACCGACCUGGGCGACGGCAGCUUCCCGUACGGCAGCACGCGGCUGCUGGAGGUGGCGGGCCGCCUGUGCCGCGCGCUGCGGGUCAGCUUCGUGGGGGAGCUGGGCUGGGAGUUGCACGUGCCGCUUGACGCCUGCGCGGCCGUGUACUCGGCCGUGGUGCAGGAGGGCAGCAGGCACGGGCUCCGCCACGCCGGCUUCAGGGCGCUCUACUCGCUCAGCAACGAGGCAGGAACGCACCUGUGGCACGCGGACCUGCGCUCCGACGACAACCCCCUGGAGGCGAGCCUGCAGUUCACGUGCCGCGCCGACGGGGACUACCUGGGGCGGCGGGCGCUGGACGCCGCGAGGCGGCAGGGCGUCAAGAAGAGGCUCGCCUACCUGCAGCUGCGCGAGCAGGUGCCUGUGUGGGGGCUGGAGACGAUACGGAGGGAUGGUGAAGUGGUGGGCCACCUGAGGAGGGGGGAGUAUGCCUACAGCCUCGGAGCCAGUCUGGGCCGGGGGUACAUCCGCCAUCCGGAAGGUCGCACCGUGUCGGACGACUUCCUCCAGAAUGGUCGAUAUGAAGUGGAAAUCAUGGGAAAGAAUUACGAUGCCACAUUGCUCCUUAACACUUCUUUUGAUCCUCAGAAGAAGCGAAUACGCGGUAUUUAUGAUGAACCGUUGCCCGUGAGGAAAUAGUACCAUGCAGGACUAUAUUAAGUUUAAAGUGUUAUAUGUAAAUAUUUUGUACCUUUAAAAAUGUCUGUGAUAGUGUUAACUGAAAUAAAUAAUUUUUUGUAAAGAACUGUAAAUAAAUAACGCACAGUCACGGA